GGGGAAGAUAAAAGCAAGCAGGAAGCACGAGAACGGGAAAGACAAGCAGAUCUCUGAGUUCCCUUACCGUGACGAAUGGGCGUCACCUCCUCUGCCGUCGCUACAGCAGUCCGCCGGUAAGUGCAGGACUGGGCGUAACUACAGAAAGAGGUGCUUUUGUAGAUUGUUUCAAAUUGGAUUGUUUCACCAUGUAGCUGCUGUGUACGUUGCGCAGGAGCUUCACAUCAGCACCACAUGAGACGAUCGUAUUCGUUGGUUUCCUCGCCACGUAGGUCCUCCACAACACCCGCACCAAGUAGAGCUUCGAUAAUUUUUCCCGGGCCUUGCUACAUAUAUACCAUCCGUGGAGCCUUUUUAUUUGAAAAAAGUGUUCAUGUGGGUGCCUGAAUACAUGUGGGACGAGAUCGACUGCGUGCCCUGUCCGCGUUGUGGCGAGCGUGGGCAGCCGGAUGGGUGGAAUACUGACGCACGCCGAGUGUUCUUAGAACAAGAUGUCUGCUACUUCAUCGGCUACAGAUACUACUGCAAGCGAUGCACCGACGCCAACGCCAUGAAGAACAAUGAGGAUCGUACAACCGUGACCUUCAAUGCGUGGGAUCCUGACGUUUUGGGCCGGAUGAAUGAUUUCGUGUCUAAGGAGUUCCCGUUUGUCCUGACGAGGAAAGGCGCUACUUCCAGGAGCUUGGUUGACCGUCUUGCAGAUGAUCUCCUUGAGGGGAAGGGCUUCGCGGUGACUUCGAAGUCUCUUCUAAAUUCGUACACCGCAACGUACCUCAAACUUAUCGUUCGUACGUAUCUCUAGCCAACCGCCGUGUGUCGCAAACUUAAGGACUUGGGCUUGUUGGCGCCAGAUGCCGACGUCGG